AUGUAUCAAUUAGAUUAUUCUGAUGCUAUUUUGCUUUAUUAUUUAUUUGUUGCAAAAAUUCUUCCAGCACUCGUCACAUAUUUUGCUGACAAGUUAUUUAAUAUUAAAAUUAAAUUCAAAACACUGUCGGUGCUGAAUGCUUGCAUACAAAAUAUUAAUAUAAAAUGGGCAGGUUAUGAAAUUGUUAUAGGUGAAAUUGGACUAAAAAGUAAAUUUAUCAACAGUGAAUAUAAAAAGCCACUGUGCGUAGACGUAGACGAUGUCAAAAUUAACCGAAUACAUGACGAGAAUGUUAAUCUUGAGGAACAUGAAAUUCAACAAUCACAUCAAGAGCAAUUGAAGGUUGAAAAUUACGCAACAAACAGUCAUGAUAAAAGUCGUAAUGACAUAGAAAAUGUUAAAUGGACAAGAGUCUAUAAAGAUAAUAUUUUACGACUCGUUGGACAGUAUUUUCCACCGGUCGUAAUGAUGACACUUAAGUUCCUUGAAGUUCGCAUCAAAAAUUUAUCAACAACCUUAUUAAAUCAAGACAUGGGUCCAAUGAUAAGCAUCUCUAUACCCAACAUAGAGCUACUUUUUGACGGAUAUGUUGCGAGAUACAAAAGAACAUUCUUCAUCGCUCUUACUCUUCAGCACAUCAAAUCGAAAUUUAUUCCAUACAAUAAACAAAAUCCUACUCAAAAACCGCGAGCGGCAUGCUUGGCUGAGAUAAUAUUCGAUAUAAACCUUAAAUCGGAAAUACUAUGGCAGGAUAAGCACCUUCUGUUUGAGAACCAGUCGGUAUCCUUAUGCAACACUCAAAUCACGUUUUACGGGGGACUAUUUGAUAUUAUUGAGCAUAAAAUGCUACAUACCAAAGGAGGAUUGUCAACAAUAACAAAUGAAAAAUCAAACAACAAAUUAGACGCAGAGCCAGUGGCAGUCACAUCGAAAGGAAAUCAACAUUCAUCGAAACAGAAAUUAAUUGAUGCAAUAAUGCCGCAUACGGUUGCACUUCAUGUGGAACAAAUUGAAGUAAAGUCACUCGAUAAACAUUCUUCAUUCCAUUAUCAUCUGCUGCUUCAGAAAAUUGAGGUAAUUGCGCACCCUAAAAGCAGUCAUGAGACUAAAACCAAAGUAUCAAAUUUACGGAUUUACACGCCAAUACAAGAAGUUCUAUUUUUGAAAGAACUAACACUUGAAACACGACAAGAUGGAAAAGAAAUUAAGACAAUUAUGAUUGUUGAAACAUUGGACGUCAUCUAUAAUCAUGAAGACAUUUAUGGAUGGUUCUUGAAAAUAUUUACAGCUGGCAUGAAGUCUAGUCGACGAGAAUUGAUUAUAAAAGCUAUUGAAAUGGGAAAUCAAAGAAUGAUUGAGUUUUACCACUCAGAAUUUGUUCAGAAAAUUUUCAGUGAAAUUAUACUUCAAGAGAAUAUUGAGAUGCGACAUGUAUCUGUACUAUUGGAACUAGAAGAUCAAAUUUCGUCGAUAACUGCAACAAAAAUUCGAUUUGCACUGAAUCAAUCGAAUGUGAAAUUUCGAAAAUAUCCAUAUGCUGAUUACACAAUGGAUUUAUUAUUUAAGAAUAGACAUUGGAAGGUUGACAUGGAUUCAGAUACAAUGUGUUGGUUUAUGGGAUCUAAAAAUCCAUAUAGCAAUAAAACUGAAACUAAACAAGCUCAUGAACGUGGGAGUGCACUAUAUCUUGGCAAUACAUUCUCUAGGAUAUCCAGCGAUAGAUUUAAAGACGCAAUUAAAUUGAAUUUCCGUGCGAAUACAUUUCGUGUAGAAUACAGCUAUAAAUUUACAAAAUUCGUUGAAGAAACUGCAAGGUCUUAUAAAUCCUUCACUAAAUUAUUCAGUCAAUUGAAAAAGAAGGAAAUUGUCGAUGACAAUAAAAAUAAUUCAAGCGAAAACUUAACCCUAAAAUUAGAGGAAUUUUUAGAAAAAAUUUCAAUAAACUUCCAAAUUGUUGAUUUCUCAUCCUUUUUCAUCAACCGACAUGACGUCUGCAUUUUUGUAAAUAUCUCAACUCUUUCGUCAACAGAGAAUCUCAGCUAUCUUUUUGACAUGCUGAAAGUCUCGACUAUAGAUUAUAGAAAAUAUGAUGGCUUAUGUGAUCUAUCUGAUGUUACAAAUACUUAUAUCAGCACGAGUCUACUUAAAAUUAAUUUAGAAAAAUCUGAGCAGUAUCAACUUUGUGUAGACUUUGCAGAAAAGUUUGAAUGUUCAUGGAACGCUCACUUUUUAAGACACUCACUAUCAAUUGUUCGUGAUUUUAGUAGAUUUAAGGCAAACAUACAGCAAGCGUUAGAGAUACAAGCAGUAAAUACACAAAUUUCAAUACCUACCUCAUUGCCUCUCGGGCUUGAUAUCAAGAAACUUCGAAAUAUAAGCGUUAAGCAUGCGGAUGUUAAUAUAGAUAAAGUAAUGAACCUAAUUAAUGAAAUGUCAGGGGGAAAUUUAUUUUUCUACAACUACUUCUAA